CAAUUAAAAUAAAUAUACUACAUGUAUAUGCGUUCUUGCAGUACGUGUAUGUUGUUUGACGCAAAUGAUAGAACAAAGUAAAUAUGGAUAAAUACAGUAUUGCUCCAGAUGUUAUUGAUAAGAUUCCUGGUAAUGUGGUCACCGUAGAAUGGAGUGACAGUGAUGUUAAAGUGGAUGCCGGAAAUAUACUCAGACCAACGGAGGUACAAAAUCCACCAUCAACUGUUUGCUGGUCAGCUGAAGAAGGAUCUUUUUACACUCUCCUGAUGACUGAUCCGGAUGCUCCAAGUCGUGAAAAUCCGAAAUUCCGGGAAUGGCAUCACUGGUUGGUUGUCAAUAUCCCGGGAUGUGAUGUUGAUAAAGGGGAAACAGUAAUGGGAUAUGUCGGAUCUGGUCCUCCACCUGAAACAGGUUUGCAUCGUUACAUAUACUUGGUAUACAAACAGAAAGGAAAGAUACAAUAUACAGAUCCUGUGAAAUCUGCUACAUGCGGUGAUGGCAGAGGUGGGCAGAAAGCCAGAGACGUAGCUGCCAAGUAUAACUUAGGGGAGCCAGUUGCUGUUAAUUUAUACCAAGCUGAGUGGGAUGAUUAUGUGCCAAAGCUUUAUAAGAAGCUGGGACUCUAAUUAUUAAACAUUAAAAAUAGAAGUCCUGAGUGUUUACGUUUUCUUGUAACAAAUCCUACAAAAAUAAAAUAAUAAACUUGUUGACAAACAUA